CUUUGCAUUAAUUAUUUCUUUAUUUAUUUGUAUUUUCUUUUUACAAAAUGGUGAAAGCCUGGUAUAUGGACGACGAUAAGAAUGAUCAGCGUGCGGAACAUCACAGGAACCCGCCUCAGUUUGUAUCUCUCGAUGAAUUGUAUAAGAAAACUGGUGUGGAAUACUUUAGCCUAAAUGUGGAUACACAUGAGACUGACGGAGUCCUAGACAAGAUAAAGAAGGACCGCGGCUACACCUACGAGGACAGAAUGGAGGCUUCCAAGGCAACCCUGCCCAACUAUGAAGAGAAACUGGUUGCCUUCUACACUGAGCACUUGCAUACUGAUGAAGAGAUAAGGUUUGUGCUGGAUGGCUCCGGCUACUUUGACGUGCGUGACCGUGACGACCAGUGGAUCCGCAUCGAAGUGACCCCAGGGGACAUGCUGGUGCUCCCCAGUGGUAUCUACCACCGCUUCACUCUUGACUUCAAUAACUACAUAAAAGUGAAGAGGUUCUUUAUCGGUGAGCCGGUGUGGGCCGCGCACAACCGCCCCUCCGACAACAUGGACGCUCGCCGGGAAUAUGUGGAGAAACUUACUAAGGGAUUCGUGGCCGCUUGCUAACUGGGUUUCACAUUCCGACUUUCCCACUCACAAAACUUC